AUGAUCAUUCCUGACUCUGAGAAAAGUGAUUCCAGCCCUCAUAGUACUACUGCUCGUAGUCAAACAUCUUUUGGACCGGUGGAUGCACCUCCAAGUCCUCCUUCGUACAGUGAAACCAUCGCUUCGGAUGAAGAUCGCUACCGAGACCGAAGCCAUUCACCGCAAUCCGGUCGUUUCCGCACAACUUCGUUCACCCGACCCGGCCUUCCUCCUCGGUGUAAUCAUGCUAUUGACCGGAAAAUUCUUAGUAGCGUUACCGGAUACUGGCACGUUGACACUGCUCUCGAGAUUCCCGAACGUCUGCUACCUCCCAUCACCGAUUUUGACGGUCGUUGGAAUCGAGAGGCCCAGCAAACUCGUAAAGCUAGAGCCGAGGCAUCAGGAAGACCCCAAGUAUGGUCCUCGAAUUCGAACAGAAAUCCCGUUCCCCCAUUAGUUGAAACACGUCCGAAUUUGAUGUUGGCAGCCACGAAUGGAGCAAUUAGUGGCGACAUUCAUGUGGUAUCAAGUGAUGGGCUAAUCCGUCAGUCGACGAUUGUCGCCGAAGGUUGCAAUGGAUCGAUAAACUUGAGAAUUCAUGCACCUCCGGAUCAACUUUUACGAGUAUUUGCAAGUUCCACAAAUGGUUCUAUCAACAUUAAAGUUCCUUCAUCCUUUGAGGGUGCGAUAACAAUGUCAACCAGUUGGGGAAAUGUCAACGUAUCUCAAUCGAUCAGGGCCAAGCUAACGACCUUCUCCUCUACAUCCAAUGCAUCCCGUGGGUUUAUCGGCGACUGGCAGGCCCAAGGCUUCGGAGACACUGAGAGUCAUAUUGACGACCCUCCUCGUCCGGGACCGAGGGAUCCGUUCGCCACUUGGACUGGUCCACUCGUUGACUUGUCUUCCACAAAUGGCUCCGUUAACUUGUCUUAUAUCGAAGAAGAUACUCCAUCUGCAUCCGCGGGACAAUUCACAAGAGCAAUUCAGGGAUUUAUGAAUAGCUGGUUUGGCCGGACAGGACAGAACGAUAGUACGGGAAACAGCGGUUCUCCCCAGGCCAUCCGUCCCUUUUCCGUCCGCUCUCACCAGCUCCCCCAAUUCCCCCAAUUCCCCCAAUUCCCCCAAUUCCCCCAAUUCCCCCAAUUCCUCCAGUCCCCCCAAUCCCACCCACGUUUCAUUAGUCGCCCUUGCCUGUGCCCAAUCUACCUCCAUCUGGUGUCUGGUCGAUGCACUCCAGGGGUUCGUGAUAGUUUAAAUGAAUUCGAUCCCAACGACUCACCUGUGAGAACUUUCCUUAAGACCACAUUCAUCCAAAUGCGUGUAGCAAUUGUGACUGGAGCUGCUCAAGGAAUAGGACGAGCAAUCGCAUUGAGGCUUGCCGCGGAUGGCCUGGCAGUCGGAGUCAAUGACUUGUCGUCCAGUUUGGAAGGGCUCAACGGGUUAGUCGACGAGAUAACGUCUCAUGGCGGUAAAGCAUUAGCUGUCCCUGCCGAUAUUUCCAAAGAACCAGAAGUUAUUGGGAUGGUGAAGACCGUGUGUGACGCUUUUGGCGGACUGGAUGUGUUGAUUCAGGAAGUUCCUCUGAAGCGUAUGGGACAACCCGAAGAAGUUGCGGAUCUCGUCAGCUUUAUUGCAUCUCCUGGGGCAUCUUAUAUUACAGCGUAUGGCUAUACUGCUAAAGAGAAGCCUGACCCUUAUUUUGAUGCCGCUCACGAAUCGGAUCAUAACGCUGCAAGGGCAGCUAUGAUAACUACUUUUUACGUUAACAUAUUCCCCUUUCUGAAUUACAUUCCCGAAUGGAUUCCGGGGACUGGCUGGAAACGCACGAUUCGAGCAUGGAGAAAGCAGAAGGAUUAUGCGCUCGAUGCGCCCUUCCGCUGGACUCAGGAUCAAGUUCGUCAAGGCACCAACGCCGAUUCAAUCAUAGCCGACUUGCUACAGGAUCACAGCAUAACUUCGGGUUUAAGCGUUGAAGAGAGAGAUAUUCGGCUAAAGGAACUUGGACACGUUCUUUUCUCAGGGGGCACCGACACGACGGCACUACUAGUUUUAUCAUUUGUCGCCGCCAUGGUUCUCAACCCGGAUGUACAAGCCAAGGCACAACAGGAGAUUGAUUUGGCCUUGGGGUCUGGAGUGUUACCUCAGACAUCAGACCAGGAGCGGUUGCCUUAUGUGAAUAGGUUAAUACUCGAAGUGCUGCGAUGGAGACCCGUACUCCCGAUUGAUGAUGUUUACCGUGGAUACCGGAUAUCUAAGGGUACCAUUGUAAUCGGAAAUGUCUGGGCUAUUACUCGAGAUGAAAGCGUCUAUGUUGACCCUGAAAAGUUCAAUCCUGAUCGGUUCCUGGACCCAGAUGUUCCACAUGCUCCUGCAUUUGGCUGGGGGAGAAGAAAGUGUCCAGGCAUUCACUUUGGUGAAGCAUCGUUAUUCAUAACGAUUGCGUCCUUGCUUGCAACAUUCACGUUCUCUAAAAGGAAAGACUCGAGCGGCGAUGACAUCGAGCCUGUUAUCGAAAAUACAUCUGAUUCCAUUCUACUUGGCUUGAAACCGUUCGAACUAGAGUUUGCCCCUCGGUCGGACGCGCAUCGUCAACUUAUCAGUGAGAGUGACCCAUCUCAUUGA